AGGUUCCCUUCUCUAUUGGAAAAACGCGAGCGGCCUGCGAAUUACAAAACACAAUGUCGUUCAGUAAUUUGUUAAUGAAAAGCUGUCUGAACCAAGGCAUUCACGGAUCCCGGGUGCCCAGCGUCCUGUACACUGGUACUCGGCAGGGGCACACUAUCCGCGGCAAGCCGCCGGGGGUUGCCCGCACUUUGGAGCAGCGAUUGCGAGAGGAGACCCUGACGGAUCCUGAGGUGGUGGCUCGCGUCAACAUUGGAUUUCCACAUCUGAAGGAGCCGCGGUCGGCGCAGCUGAAGAUGCGUCUGGAACACCUCAAGGCGCAGCGCACCAGCAAGGAACUGGAAAAGCUGGCGCGCAGCAAUAAAUUGACCAUCGACCUGGAGAAGGUGCAGCAGGUGUAUGUGAAGACGACAGGUCACCACGAUCUGCGCUUGAUGGCGGACCACUACGGCAUUUUCGAGCAUCUGUAUGGCAGCGCCUUUUUCGUGCCCCGGGUGCCACUCAACAUCAACUAUGUGCUGGAUGCCGGCGAGCGCCUGGCUCCCGUCUACAAUGGCAAUGUCAUCAAGCCGGUGGAAGCUGCAAAGGCGCCGCAGGUUGCCUUCAACGGGGUACUGGAUCCGAUCACCGGGCAGGAGGCCACCUCGGACACCUUCUGGACCCUGGUGGCCACCAAUCCCGAUGCGCACUACACCAAUGACUCGUCGUCUGAGUGCCUGCAUUGGCUGAUCGCCAACAUACCGAAUGGUAAGGUGAGCGACGGCCAGGUGCUGGCCGAGUAUCUGCCGCCAUUUCCGCCCCGCGGCGUCGGCUACCAGCGCAUGGUCUUUGUGCUCUACAAGCAGCAGGCGCGACUAGAUCUCGGCUCGUAUCAAAUAGCCGCUGGCGACUAUAGCAAUUUGGAGAAGCGAAUUUGGAGCACUCUGGACUUUUACCGCAGCCAUCAGGAGCAGUUGACGCCGGCUGGCCUGGCCUUCUAUCAAACCAACUGGGAUGAGUCCCUGUCGCAGUUCUAUCACGAUGUACUGAAGUGCAAGGAGCCCGUUUACGAGUAUGACUUCCCCAAGCCUUAUCUGGCCGAUCAGAAGUUCUUCCCGCUGAAGCAGCCCUUCAAUCUGUACAUGGACAAGCACCGCGACCAGAAGCGUCUCAACAAGGAGUACCUGGAGCGCAAGCUGGCCCAGACACAUCCAUUCGAUGGUCCGGAUACGCCGCUGCGCUACCCCAAUGCCCAUCCCAUUGGCAGCGAGGUGCCCUCCUGGCUGAAGACGGAGAUCCGCAAGCAGCGCCUGCGGACUGGACGUGUUCAGGACUAUUAGUUAACAAGUUGUAUUUUUUUAUUAUUAUUCACUGGAAGUACAUGUUCGUUUUGCCUUGCUA